UGGAAGUUGGAAGGGUAAUCUCGCACAGCUGAGAGGAGUGAGAGGGACAGACUCGUGGAAUUGACGGCGCCGCGCGCCAGUCAGUCGCUGUCAUCGCUGACAGUCCGUGAACCGUCGGUGACAGUGUGACAGUAUCGCUUGGACAGUCUCGAUCCGUCAUUCGAAGGGUAUAAGCGCGGUCGAUCCGGAACUGAGAGUCCGAGCUCGCGACGACGCGCGUCCUCGCAAAAUGGCAGAACGAAGCCGCGCGGGUUACCUCGCGCUCCUUUAUCUCGCCUGCCUACUCGCCCAGGCGGUGCGCUCGAACCCGGUGAACAUCCCCCUGAGCCGAGUGUCCUCGCGGCUGUUGGAGAAGGCGUGGAGGGCCCUGAACGACCACUCGCCGACGCAUCACCUGUACGCGCACGGCAAUCUGAUAAACGCGCAGGAAUUGGAGGAGCCGCCUUACAAAGUAUACAAAUUCACGUAUGACCUGAGUCCAAUAUGCGGAACGGAGUCUUGUCCCAGAGAGGCCUGUACUAUCGACGUAAAGCAAGACGAGCGCGGCGACAUAGAGACGCUGAAUGAUUCCAUUCAAUGCAUGUAUUUCUAUCCAGCCGAUGCGCAAAAUGACAUGUCGCAGGAGCAGCAGAGUUAUCAGGAGCAGGAGGAAUCUCAGGUCACUCAGGAGAACUUGGCCGAACAGGUGAACAACAAUCGAAGCGUGGAAUUGGAUCAUGAGGUCCAGGAGACCGGCGACGAGAACGUCAGACCGUUCAUCGCCAUGCGCGCUUCCGGCAACUACUGUCCAGGUUGUCCGUACGAACUGAAUCCGAAUCUGCCGGGUCUCCUCUCCUUCGGCGAGCAAGCGUUGAGAUCGAUGGACGAGCAGACCGCGAGCGAUUACAAGCACAAGUUAAUGAGCAUUGUGAGGGUCACCCGCUCGGUACCGGUCUCGUCUAACGUGAUAGAGUACCAGUUGCUGCUGCUGAUAGGCGAGUCCGAAUGUCUGAAGAAUGCCCUGGAGCAAGAGCAGGAAUGUCAGCUGCGAACGACCGUUCCGACCAGGUUGUGCCUGGUCACGUUCGAGCAACGACCGUGGCAACAGACGUCUCUCAGAAUUACUAAGAACAAUUGUACGGAUCCCGAAAACGCGUCUAGCGCCAAGCCGCAAAGAGUGUCAAAUUUGGAGAGCGAAUCCUUGGUGACGGUCAAGUAUGAUGAAGGAAAACCGUCUGGCACCGAGAUGGCCGACGUCUAUGAAAGCUUGAAGGAAAUGUUGGACAAUUACACCCACGCGCCAUCGAUGCCCUCGAAGGAGCCCGAGGAAGCGGAGGUGACGGAAUCCGCGGUCGUAAAGGUAAUGUUGAACAAGAGUCAGGACGACGAGAAGAUUUCAGGCUUUACGGAUAAGGCGAAGGAGUUCAGAGAAUUCUUGGAAGGCUUUGAUCUGCCUAUCAAGAUGGAAGAUGCUACAGCUGACACAGCUGGAGCUAUGAAAGAAGUCAAAGAAGAGAAAUUUCAGCGAAAGAAGGUGGAGGAUUUCAAGCUCGAAAAGGUGAACAAUAAAGAGGACGUUAAUAAUAGGCAGAAACGAUCGCAGCGCUUGGUCGGUGCUCCCGCGACAACGCCCAUAGACGAUCCUGAGAUCAAAUUGUACGCUGAUAAAGCGCUGCGCAAAAUUUCUGCGGAAUCGGACAGUGCGAACGAGCCGCUCAUAGUGGAGAUCAUCGAGGCGAGCGUCCAAGUGGUCGCCGGUAAACUUUACAGGAUCAAAGCCAAGCUGGGCACUAGCGAUUGCCCAAAGGGCACCAAGGACAACUGCCAGUUGCAGGCAGGAAGCGACGUAAAAGAGUGUCUGAUAAAGGUGUGGUCGCGACCGUGGAUCGAUCAGGAUUCGCCCGAAAUAACGGUGGAAUGUCCCCCGUCAGAAAGUAAGAGGAGGAAACGGUCCCUGCGCGGCGCUAAUUACAACAAGAAUAUGAUGCAGAUCGUAGAAGAAAUGAGGAUCGAGCGUCUGUUCAACAAAUUCGCGGAAACCUACAAUCGGGCGUAUUCCACGCCGGAGGAGAGAAAUUCGCGACUUCAGAUAUUCCGCGAGAAUCUCCAUAUCAUAGACCUGCUACAGGAGACCGAGCAGGGAACCGGUCGCUACGGCAUAAACAUGUUCGCCGACAUGUCGCGCGAGGAGUUCCGAAAGCGUUAUCUCGGUCUGCGACCGGACCUGCGAUCGGAGAACGAGAUUCCUCUGCGUAAAGCCGAGAUCCCGGACGUCGCUGUACCACCCAGCUUCGACUGGCGAAAGAAGGGCGUCGUGACUCCGGUGAAGGAUCAGGGCGGCUGCGGUUCGUGCUGGGCUUUCUCAGUGACGGGCAACGUCGAGGGCCAAUACGCGAUCAAGCACGGUCAGCUGCUGUCGCUGUCCGAGCAGGAGCUGGUGGACUGUGACGAUCUCGACGACGGCUGUGGCGGCGGCUUGCCGGACAACGCGUACAGGGCCAUUGAGAAACUGGGCGGUCUCGAGCUGGAGUCCGACUAUCCGUACGAGGCGGAGGACGAGAAGUGCCAUUUCAAGAGCAAUCUGGCCAAGGUACAGUUGAACUCCGCUGUCAACGUUACGUCGAACGAGACGCAAAUGGCGCAAUGGCUGGUGGAAAAUGGUCCAAUCUCCAUCGGCAUUAACGCUAACGCCAUGCAGUUCUACGUCGGCGGCGUCUCGCAUCCCUUCAAAUUCCUGUGCAAUCCCAAUAGUCUGGAUCACGGCGUGCUGAUCGUCGGAUAUGGCACAAGCAGCUAUCCGCUUUUCCGCAGAAAGCUACCGUAUUGGAUCGUCAAGAACAGCUGGGGAAAAUCUUGGGGUGAACAGGGAUACUAUAGAGUUUACCGCGGGGAUGGUACUUGCGGACUUAACAAGAUGGCCUCGAGCGCCGUGGUUAUUUAAUGCCGACUACGUAAAUAAGUUUUUCAUGACAAUUAACUUAUAAUCGUUCUGAACGAAGUUAUACACUAUACAUGCAUAUAGAGAUAUCCUUUUCUACUAAUUAAUGUCGAUUUUUAAAACUAAAUCCAUUCGUUUGCCACAUAUUUGACGAACGUGACCUCAUUAUCAAUCUACACUAUGUAUUAUAGUAUCCACUCGAUAUGAUAUUCAGUUUAAUUGUGCAAGUAUCUGGCAAACGUAUGAAUCAUCUGGAGCCAACCAAGUAUAUAUUGUGCUGAUCGAAGCUAAGUUUAAUUCUUUGCAUAUCUAUACCGGGAUAAAAACGAUGUAAUCGUUUACGACAAUCCUAUGAGUUUGUUGAAAAGUUCAAAACUACAUUAUAUAUAGUAAUUCGCUAAUAUUUCGCAAAUCUCUUUAUAAAAUAAUAUAGAUAGUACAUAAAUAUUUAAAGUGUGUUAAAAUGUGCAAUGAUGUUGAAACUACAGCAAUAGACGAUGUUAAAUGUUAACUUCGCUAAAUUUUAAUUGCGUGUGUAAAAAUCAGUAAGUAAAAAGUGAAAGUGUAACCCUCCCGCUCCGAGACGCUUUUAUAUUUUACAGUUUUUAAGUUUGUUGUAGACCGUCAGCAUUUUUUAAAAAGUUUUACAACGAAUUUCUGACUUUACGUAGGUCCUGAAGAGUAGUUUUAUAUGCAAUUUAUUAACUUGAACAAAGAGCGAAAAAAAUAAUUUAUAAGAAAGUAAACAAAACAAGGAAAUAAAUAGGAGUUCGAUUUUUAUUGAACGCAAUAAAGAUAACUAUGCGAAA